UGAAAUACAUAUAUUUUAUUUUUCAGGCAAUGAAAUGUAUUUGAUUGGCGAGAUAAUUUCGUUUUAUCAAGGAAUUACACACUUCUCGUUCGCGAUGCAGAGUAAACGCUCCUUCAGGGCUUUUUGAAGUACAAUUCAAGUAUACUGCAGCGUUCGAUCUUGUUUUGUUUCUCGUACGACAAAAAAGUUCCUUACACAGGAAAUGCCACGUGUACCAACUGCGCAUGUGUGAGAAGGGUUGUACGUCUGUCUCGUCUACGUUGAUCCAGGGUGAUCCCUACUUCCUGUGCGAGUCGAGGAGGAUUUUGCGAGUACUUUUACCAAGCAGGGCCCGUACCCCCAGAAACCCGGGGAACAUCCCCAAUCAUGCUUCUGUAUUAGGCUGUUUUUUAAACAUCGACCUCCUAGUCAGAGGCCAAAUCGGUCCGUCAGUAUAGCUGUUUUCACUGGCUACCCAGCUAGGUUUCACGGUGUGUUAUUCGCCAGCUAGACACCGCUAGCUAAAUUUGUUCUGGUAUCAAUUUCAAGAUGUCAAAUUCUGGGUACAACUCUCAGAAUGGGGCGGGAGGACAGCCGUACACGAAUGGCCCCUCCGUGCCCCCUGUGGCGCUGCAGCCUGUAGGCCAGGGCUACGGCAUGGCGGGUCCGCCCCCGCUUCCCAACCAGAUUCCCGCCAAGUCUGCCCACCCGCAUGCCGGCGCUCCCAGAUUCCACAACUCCGGCCCCUAUCAGAGCGCCCCCCCGCCCAGCUCCUAUCAGGCGGCUCCGGGGCCGACGCCCACCAGCCGGUCGCCGGCUCCCAUUGGACCGCCUCAGAGUAUGACCCCGCCCCCACCUGCUGCCCACGGUCACAUGACUCCACCCCCACCUUCCACUCACGCCCAUAUGAUGACCCCGCCCCUGCCUACCACCCACGCCCAUAUGAUGACCCCGCCCGUGCCUACUACCCACGCCCAAAUGAUGACCCCGCCCCUGCCUACUACCCAUGCCCAAAUGAUGACCCCUCCCCUGCCUACUACUCACACCCAUAUGAUGACCCCGCCCCUGCCUACUACCCAUGCCCAUAUGAUGACCCCGCCCCUGCCAACCACCCACGCCCAAAUGAUGACCCCGUCCCCCUAA